AGCCCAAUAUGCUUUAUGUUUAAGUUCCACAAGUAAAUGACAUGUCUUUCCAAAAGCUAACCUAUAUAGAGACAUAUCAAUAGGAGUUUUAUAAGUUGUCUUAUAUGUCCAAAGUGCAUCAUUAAGUUUCAAGGACCAAUCUUUCCUAGAUGCACUAAUGGUUGUUUCUAGGAUUUUCUUCAAUUCCCUAUUUGAAACCUCUACUUGGUCACUUGUUUGUGUGGGUGUUAUGGGGUGGCAACUUUAUGGGUGACUCAUAAUUUCUCAAAAAUUUAUCAAAUUGUUUAUUAUAAAAAUAUUUUCCCCCAUCACUAAUGAUUGCCCUAGGGAUGCCAAAUCUAAUGAAAAUUAAAUAGUUGUAGGGCUUUGCCAACUAACUAUGAUAGUGUAGUUGUUAAAUAUUGAAAUUAACCCACAUAACCACAACCCAAUACCCGACCCACUUUUUAAUUAGGGGUUUUAGGGUUUCAUUUAUCAUUUUAUAUAUACACACCAUCAUCGUCUUCGCAACUCUUCAUUUUUUCGCUCGCGGAGCAGAGCCGGAAAGAGAGAGGAGAAACCCUGAUGGCACCGAAGCAGAGGGCACCGAGAGUCACUCGGAAUCCGGAUCUCGUAAGGGGGAUCGGGAAGUACUCCCGUUCGAAGAUGUAUCACAAGAGGGGUCUCUGGGCAAUCAAGGCCAAGAAUGGCGGCGUCUUCCCCUGCCACGAUCCAAAGCCCAAGGCUGCCGCUCCGGCUGAGAAGCCCCCCAAGUUCUAUCCUGCCGAUGACGUCAAGAAGCCGCUCCCCAACAAGCGGAAGCCUAAGCCUACCAAGCUAAGGGCUAGUAUCACUCCAGGUACUAUUUUCACUCAAGGCAGGCAUGAAACCUCACGAGCUUGUCUUCUAAGAUGGGAUCAAUUAAGCCCUACGGUUGCUUGCUUUUCCUAGCUGUUUGAAGUUGUUUUAGCUGAUGUACCCUUUUAAUUUCAUUGUCAAUGGACAACUAAAUUUUGUCAUUAGGUGGAGCGUUGUUCAAGUUUAUCUUCUCUUUAUGACUGACAAUUGACGUAUAUUAUAUAUACCUACAUGUGAGGUUUCUUUUGACGGG